AUGAUCGAUUAUUUGAAAGAUAAUUAAAAAGACAUCUUGGUUUAUGCUGUUUAGCAGACUUUCUAAAAAAAUUAUGAACAUUUGCAAGGAGAUGUGUUUAAUACUUACUUUUGUUUAACUAAUUUUUCUUAGCAAAAAGAAUAGUUAAAUAAAUAAAAAUUAGACUAGGUAAUUGUGCUGAACCCUUACUUUUUUGACACUUAACUAUCACAAUAAAUUAAUUUAGUGGAAUGUGUUAAACUAUUGGUAUAAAACUAUUUUACUGACUCUUAGAAUAGACUAGCAAUCCUCUCUCUUACUUCAAGUGAUUAAGAAAUACAAGACUGCUUUCAACAAUAACCUGUGGAUUAAAUUAAAAAUAUAUAGCUUUAGCAAGAUAUUGAAUUUACCAGCUUCAAGCAUCCUUAAAAUGUUAUUAGUUAGAUUAAAAAUAUUAUUUUAAAAACUCAAUAAUUUUAGAGGGAUGAUGCAAUUUUAUCUUUAACUUUUAUAUCUCCAGAUAAUUUUGACUAUUCUAAGUAAUCUAAGUAAGAACUAAAAAAAAUUAUAAAAGAAUAACUUGGAAAGAGCGAUUAAAUUUCUGAAAAUAAUAGAAAGGUUAUACUCAAUUGCAUGACUAUAGGACAAUAAGAUAAUUUUUUGCUAUAACAAAUGUGUGAAAUAAUGCCUUAAUCUAUCUACUAAUUCUGUGACAAUAAAGAUUUUAUUGAAAAAUUUAAAGACACAAUAUUAUCUGUUUAAAGUAUUUUCAUGACAGACAUAGAGACAACACUGACAUUUAAAAGUGAUUCCAACUUAAUUGACUAUUCGGUUGUUGAAUUUCCAAAAAAUUGGAUUAAUUUAAAUGAAUAUACCUAUAAAUUUAGCUAUCCUUUCCUUUACAAAUUUUAAGAGCUAAAUCAUCUUUUUAAGUUAAGAAUUUAAUUUAAAGGAUCUCUUUCAAAGGAGAGUAUAUAGGAAACCAUAGGAUUUAACAGAUCCUCAUUUACAUAUAACAAUUAAAAAUACUUUUAUGAAAGAGCUAUAACUAUUGAUUUAGUUCAAUAAACUUAAGAACUAUCGAAUGAUUAAAAUUAACUAAAUACUAAGUGUUAAAUUGCAUUUUUAAAAGAAAAAUAUGUAAUCCCUUUCUUAUAAAGCUAUAUUGAAAAGUUCAAAGAAAAUAAAGAAGAAGUAAUUGAAAUGUUAUCAAUAUGCCUUGAAAAAAUAAAUCAAUUAGAUGUAAAAUAAAGCUUUGUUCAUUUAUACAGUAAAUAAGUGCUUUAAAUAAUUAACAAAUUUAUAGAAAAAAAUGAAUGUGAAGAAAAAGAAAAGAAAAAGGUUGAUUCUUUUGUUAAUGAAGCUUUAUUUGUUUUAUAAAAUUAACUCUAACCAAUAAAAAUUUACUUAAAAAUAAAGGAAUAAUUGUAGUGA